AUGAUUGAGUCUAAGAAAUCAGAACUAAAGAGUGAUUUAAAGGAAACAAAUUAAUAGAUAUAUGAAUUGAUAGAAUAAGCUAAUUAGCAAUUAUAAUAACUAUUUAAUAAAAGAGAAGAAGAAUUAUUGAAGUUAUAUAAAUAAGAGAUGCUUAAUGUUUAAAGACAAUUAGUUAAAAUUAGAGAUGAGGAGAGUUAAACUGAAAUUGAGAAAAGAAUUCAAAAACAUAGAGAGGAACUAGCAAAGGAGAGAGAGUUGUAUCUGGAGAGGAGCAUAAAAUUGAGUGAUAAUAUUAAAGAAUUGGGUAAAUUUGAUCGUGAUAUUCGAUAAAGUUUCAAUGAAUUGCAGAGUGAAAUCAAAUUCUUAGAUGAAUAGUUGAUUUAUGCUGACAAACACAAUAUAAUAUUACAAGAGGAAUUGAAUAGUUUAGGAGAAGAAGAGUAGUAAAUCCAGAGUUAAAUAAGAAGAUAACCGAAAUCAAUGCAGCAGUUAUAAUCAGUUAGAUUGAUGCCUUUACCAUAAAUUCAAAGAAGCUCAUAUCAUAUAUAAUAGGAGCAAGAAUUAAAUGCUAAGCUAAAGUAGCAAAUUAAUUAAGUUGAAGAGUUCCAAGAAUCAGAUUUAGAGCGAUGCUUUGAUGAAGCCCUCUUAAGUGUUACAGAAUAGAGUGAUGCAUCUACCAACAUUGAUUUAACUUGUUGUAAUGAUUUUUCUGAAUAUUCUAAAAGAAGAAUUUUUGAAGAAUUCUUAGAAAAACCAUCAGUGAAAUAAAAAAUUUAUGAAUUGUUAACAAAAAGAUGA